CCUUUCGUCCUCGGUGCCCUAGCAGCAGCCCAGAGCUCCUCUUCGUCAGCCACUCCUUCAGGUGUGUGCAGAAAGAAAGCGCCCCCAUCCUCGAGUGUGUGUGAGUGAUAUAUCACCGACGCAGCCAUGAACAAGUACUUCCCCGGAGUAGGACGCAUCGAGUACCGGCCAGAUGCCGGUCCCGAAGACACCCUCGUCUACAGGCACUACAACGCCGGGGAGACCGUCCAUGGGAGGACCAUGGAGGAGUGGUUCAAAUUCUCCGCCUGCUACUUCAACACCUUCAGGUAUCUAGGCUCAGACGACUACUACGGCGACGCCACUCACCAGAGGUCAUGGGAAGAUGGAUCUCGCUCUCUUGACAACUUCAAGAGGCGCAUGAUUGCAGCCUUCGAGUUCUUCCAUAAGCUCAACAUCAAGUACUAUUCGAUCAGCGACCGCGACAUGGCCCCAGAAGGUGAGAGCUUCGACGAGACCAACGCCUACCUGGAAGAGAUGGUGACCCUGGCCUGCGACCUGCAGAAGCAGACCGGAAUCAAGCCCCUGUACUACAGCGCCGACCUCUUCACCCACCCACGAUACAUGAACGGCGCCGGAUCCAACCCUGACGCUCACGUCUUCGCCUACGCCUGCGCACAAGUCAAGCGCAGCAUGGAGGCCGCCAAGCGCAUGGGGGCCGAGAACUUCGUCUUCUUCAACCCCCGCGACGGCUACCAGAGCGUCCUCCAGCGCCAGUUCUUCCGCGACAUGUCCCACAUGGCUCAGCUCUACAAGAUGGCCAUCCAGUACAAGGAGAAGAUCGGCUACAAGGGACAGUUCCUGAUCCAACCCAAGCCACACGACCCCCGACGCCACCAGUACGAGUCCGACGCCAUGGCCACCAUGCACAUGCUCCGCCACUUCGGUCUAGACAAGCACUUCAAGCUGUACGUGAAACCCGCCUUCUCCAGGAUGAUGGGACGCCCCUACGAGCACGACGUCUACAUGGCCGCCGCUUACAACAUGCUGGGCUCUGUCGACGCCUCCGACAGCUUCCCCGAAGUCAACGGAACCUCAGACAUCUGCGCAGAGAACAUGAGGGACGCCACUCACGUCAUGAAGUGUGUCCUCGAGCAGGGAGGCAUGCAACUGGGUGGUUUCACCUUAGGUUUCCGAGUUCGCCGUGAAUCUGUCGAGCCCAGGGACCUGUUCCAUGGCGCCAUCUUGACCAUGGACACGUUCGCCCGAGCUCUCAGGAACGCAGCACGCAUACUGGCCGAUGGAUGCUUCACACGCAGCAUUCAGCAGCGUUACGCCUCUUACAAGUCAGGCUUCGGCGAGAAGGUGGAGAAGAACGCCGUCACCUUCGAAGAAUGCGAGGACUACGUCAGGAAGACUGGCGAACCCCAGGCCCAGUCGAGCCGCCACGAACAUUACGAGAACAUGUUCAACUACUACGUCUACCCACCACGACAGUAAAGACAACGAGAUGACUAGUUUGGCUGACUGACAAGAGAACCUUGAUGUUACAAGCUGGGUUUGAGUCUGGUUCGGUUUAGUGAGAGAGAUGAAGGCUGGGAAUCGGUCUAUGUACUGUUGACUGUUUCCAUCAGGCAGUCGUCGUUCUUCUUCCCAUUUCAGGGAAAGAGUGGUUGGCUGAUACACACCAUGCGUCUAGGGUUAUACAGUUCUAGGGUCAAAGUUUCUUUUGCCAGUCAAGCCGAUGAGGGUUCGAUUUUUGUUUCGAUAUCUCAAGGAAAAGUGACAGACGAAGGGAAUUUCCUUCAGAAAAAGAGAAAGAACAGGAUUAUUUUGAAAGCACGGACAGCCAACCAAGAAGCAGCAGAAAUGUGUCACCAAGAUGACCUCAGUUAGAGGGAUGGCAGUUGAACAAUGAUGAUCUCAGGUUAGGUAAAGUUAAGGGCUUUUGUAGGCUGUUCAACACCAACAUCAUGAGAAUGGAUUUGAGCUUUGUAGGCGUGGCCGAAGAUUCGAUAAGGGUCUUCAUGGGAAAUCAGUCUAGUCAGGGAAAACAAAGAUACAUUCACUUCAGCCUACAGGAUGUAUCAGUGAUUUCCAAGGAAACUUUCAUCUCCCGCUGUCACUUUGUCAACUUAUUUCUCGGUUUGUAUCAAUGAAAAUGUAAAAUGCAAAAGUUUUUGGGCAAAUAAACAUCUCGUAAAUA